CCAGUGAGCGCUCGGCGUGUGGAGGUGACCACUUGUGCCCGUUUAAAUUUAGCACAGGCUGGCUCAGCACAUGGCUCGGUGUUUGUUCUACCACGAUGGGAGCCGCCGACCCCCGAGUCCCAGGACUUUGGCAAAAACAGGAAGCUAAAAGCGGAGCGGCAGGAACGAGUCGGAGCUGAGGCGGCGGACCGCGGAGUGCAUGGGCCAGGAUGACGGUCACUUAUUCCAGUAAGGUUGCCAAUGCGACUUUCUUUGGGUUCCACCGUCUGCUGCUGCGAUGGAAAGGUAGCAUCUAUAAACUGCUGUACCGGGAGUUUCUUGUUUUCGCCAGCCUUUAUACGGCAUUGAGUGUCGUCUACAGGUUUUUUCUUUCAGAGACGCAAAAGCGUUACUUUGAAAAGGUGUCUCUUUACUGUGAUAAGUAUGCAGAACAAAUCCCGGUCACGUUUGUCUUGGGUUUCUACGUCACCCUAGUGGUGAACCGCUGGUGGAAUCAGUUUGUGAACCUGCCUUGGCCGGACCGCCUCAUGCUCUUGAUCUCCAGUACCGUGCAGGGUGGAGACGAACAAGGACGCUUACUGCGCCGGACCCUGAUGCGUUACGUGAACCUGACCUCUCUGCUCAUCUUUCGUUCUGUCAGCACGGCUGUUUGCAAACGUUUCCCGACUAUGGACCAUGUUGUGGAAGCAGGAUUCAUGACUCCAGAAGAAAGGAAGAUUUUUGAAAACUUGAAGUCUCCUCAUCUGAAAUAUUGGAUUCCGGUGGUGUGGUUUGGAAACCUGGCCUCCAAAGCGAGAAAAGAAGGAAGAAUACAAGACAGCGUAGAUCUUCAACAUAUUAUGAGCGAAAUGAACAAGUUCCGUACCUGGUGUUCCACGUUGUUUGGCUACGACUGGGUUGGCAUUCCUUUGGUGUACACACAGGUCGUGACUCUUGCAGUCUACACGUUUUUCUUUGCCUGUCUUAUUGGCCGUCAGUUUCUGGACCCCAAACAAGGCUACACUGGCCAUGAUCUUGACCUGUACAUCCCUGUGUUCACUCUCCUACAGUUCUUCUUUUAUUCAGGAUGGCUGAAGGUGGCUGAGCAGCUCAUUAAUCCUUUUGGAGAGGACGACGAUGACUUUGAGGCCAACUGGUGCAUUGACCGAAAUCUGCAGGUUUCUCUCUUGGCUGUGGAUGAAAUGCACAUGAACAUUCCUCGGUUGAAAAGGGACAUCUACUGGAACGAUUCUGAUGUGCGGCCCCCCUACACCCUUGCGGCGGCUGAUUACUGCAUUCCCUCCUUUCUGGGGUCCACCAUUGACAUGGGCUUGUCUGACCACGGCUUCAUGCAGUAUGAAGAUCCUUUCCAAGAGGAGAGCAAACUCCAGCGUCAAGAGUCGAUGCUGCGGCGGGUGCGAAGGCUCCUCACUGUGCCCGACGAUUCCCCCUUCAGGAGGUCCUCUCUCAAGCGGCGCAGCAGUGAACUGUCCAACGUGUUUCUUCCUUUCCCUGAGCACAGACCUCUGUUUGGGGCUGAUGAACUUGCCUUGAAACGCACCCGUUCGCGAUCCCAAGAACAGGCGUUGAGAGAUCACUUGUCCGUGCUCCAGGAGGUGAGCGCGCCAUCAACACCCCAACGUUCAGCAUCGGCGGAGGGGACAGUUCCUGCUCUUGUGAUAACGCAACCAGAUGGACUGCCAGGCUCCUUGCAGGACCCGGAAAAAGGCAACAACAGCAGCGGAGGCAGCCGGUUGGUAGAACCUCCUAUUGAAGAAACUUUUGUCCAACCAACCUUCAGCUGCCCAGAUGGCUCAGCCCGGGCCUCUGAGAAAGAUAAUAGUGGAAAAGAUGAAGUACUCAAGGAAUCCAUUGAAGGUGAAGGGAGCACAAAGGACCAAAAAAAUGAUAGCCAUAGAUGGAGUGUCCCCAUGCUGAAAAGGAAGGUGAACAGACAGAGCAUCCGCAGACAGCACUCCAGGGCGUCCAUGUACAGCUUCCCAAGUCCCAAGGCCACAACCAGUAGGUGCCGUUUAUUUGGUGUGACAGACGCUGCGACAGAAACACGGGCAGAUGAAGAAACCGGUCAGACCGAAACCAGAGAAACGGAUAUUUUAGAAUCAACCGUUGAAGAGAAUAUGGGUAGAGAUCAGUAGCCAGUGGGGUGACAGACUGCUGGAGUGGUGAGAAUCCUGUCUAAAUGUGGGGAAAAUCAGAGCAUUAAAAAGUGACCUUCACUGGAUCAGGGGCACUGCCAAUUAAUGUAUAUGGCCACCUGCUUGAGGCGUAACAUCUUUGGAUGGACAGCUGUUAUUCAAAUAUUAAAAAACACUCAACCGCUAUCAAGUUCAAAGGAGACCAUCGUUUAAUUGCACUAUCAGUAACAAGUAGCACUAAGCAGGGUCACACUGGGCACAGAGAGUCAAGACUGGCACCAUCAGAGUGCAGAACAGCUCAGGGAUGGCUGCAGAGUCCCCUGCAUUGUUGUCACAUUCUUAAUUAAUGAUGAUAAUAAUAAAAAUAAAAGCAUAAACUCGGAGGCAGUGUGAUGU